AUGCAGACAGCUUCUACAAACAUUUGUGAAAGAAUGGGUUGCUCUCAGGAGCUCAAUGAAUUCAAGCGUGGUACCGUGAUAGGCUGCCACCUGUGCAAUAAGUCCAUCCAUGAAAUUUCCUUGCUAUUAAAUAUUCCACGGUCAGCUGUUAGUGAUAUUAUAACAAAGUGGAAGCAACUGGGAACAACAGCAUCUCAGUCGCAAAGUGGCAGGCCACAUAAAAUUACAGAGUGGGUGUCAGAGCAUGCUGAAGCACACAGCGUGCAGAAGUCGCCAACUGUCUGCAUAGUCAAUAGCUAAAGAUCUCUAAACUUCACGUGGCCUUCAGAUUGUCACAACAGUUUGUAGAGAGCUUCAUAGAAUGGGUUUCCAUGGCCGAGCAGCUGCAUCCAAGCCU